AUGAUAGCUGUAAAAAGUACGUUUACAGAUGAUUUAUGGACCCCUUACAAGGAACUUGUGACUGUGGUGGAGGGGUACUUAGCCCACGAAGGUGGAGGAGCACCAUAUGCUGUUCACACUUUUGAAUCUUUGCUAAGGAGACACAAACAGACAUUUCUGUCUUUAUUUAAGAAUCCAGCCAAAAAUCCUGCCAGCAGAGAUGAGAUCAAAAGAGGUAUCACAGAGGGUGUUAACUUGCCUAGUGUUGGCAGAACUCUCCUCUCUAAAGAACUGGUGGAUGAAGCUAUUAUAAUAUCAGAUAUGUACAACGUGAACGAAUACUUGGCCCUGGAGCUGCUGCACACGGCCCAGCGGCAGGCGCCGCGCAACCCCGGCCUGCCGCGCGGCCUGGUCGCCGUCAUGCUCUACUACGACGGUCGGCGGGCACUGGUGCAAGCGCUCAAAGAGCUCUGUAUGGCCAGGGACGGAGUAUGCUGGUCGAUAAACGCCCGCGAGGAGAUAGUGAACUACGUGUCGCGGUACGUGCAGCAGCUGAUAUCGGACGGCCUGCUGGAGAGCGUGCUGGACGCGCUGCGGCAGUUCACGCUGGACGCCGAGCUCGAGCUGCUGCAGCGCAACCGCGCGCUGCCGCCGCCGCGCCACCACGCCAGGCUCGUGGACACCAUCGACAACACCAGAAAAUUGCUAGCGGGUGUAAUUUUCGCCGCAUCAGCGCAGCGUGGCUUGCAUAGAGGCCUGAUUAGAUUGAUAAACGAGCAAACCACAUCUCCGUCUUUAGGACCGACUGGAGCUUUAGAUGAGGUCUCUUUAGCGCUACAGAUGGCGCUACUGUAUGCACUAGAUCUAUCAGUAUUACACAGACGUGAAGACGGCGAGGAGUUGGCGAAGAUGUUGCCGCUGAUCUCCGAGCCGGAUCUGAUCCCGAUGCUGGUGGAGAAACUGUCGCCGGCCGGACAGUCGGGGGAUGAACUCGUCGCCGGGGGCAACGUUACUGUUAUGCACCAAAAAAUGUAUAUAAUUUAAUAUACAUAUAAUAUAAUAUACAUAUAAUAUAUACAUAUAAAAUUAAACUAAUGCUCACGGAAUAUGAAAUUUAUCGAUACAACAUCAAAGUAUCAAAAUGGAGUUGGCCGAUAUUGAUACUUAAAAAUUGCGAACCAUUGAUAGGAAAUACGAAUCUGUGAUUACGACACAUUUUUUUAAAUUUACAAUGGGCUCUCUCUUGACCUCAAUCCAGCCCAAGGGCAUAGAUCAGAUCUUCGCUCGCCCAAAAGGAACCCAUUCACUCUUGCCUUAAAUAGGUCUCGGUUAUAUGCACUUCAGUUUGUUCGGUGGUGACCAGAGGUCGGAAUUAGGUAGAGUUAUUUAUGUACUUGUAUCGAAAUGUUGAUAUUAAUGUGGACCUUCGUGGCAACAUCGCGCGUAUUGGUAUUUUGCAACUUUGGACAUCCGAUGUCAUCGAUGUAAGUUUGGCAACGUCGUGCGUGCAGUGGUUUAAAUUGUGUAAAAGUAAAUAACUUUUUAUAUAUAAAAUCACGGGAUUUUUUUCAGCUCUUUAAAAUCAAUCUCGGGAUUUGAGGCAUAUCCACUUUAUUCUUUCGCUGUAUGAAAUCAGUGUAAGUACAUGAAUAACUCUACCUAAUUCCGACCACUGGUGAUGACGCAGGUUGGAGUGCGGGCGCGGGCGCGCGCGCGCUGUGCCAGCUGGCGCUGGGGCUGGCGCUGGCGGCGCUGAAGCGCGGGCCGCAGUCGCUGGCGCGCGACCACCUCAAGCACGACCUGCUGGACCAGGAUGAACUGCUCGUCGACGCCGCCAUCGACGGCAAGGUUAAACAGGCGUUCUAUUAUAUUUUGAUUUCAAUCCAAAAAAAAUUAUAUGAAAUCCUGUAGAGUUAAAUUAAUUGGGUAGUUUCGGUAGUGAAAAAUAACUCAUGAAAUUGCACAAAAACUAACAAUUUUCAUCGGAAUUGAAAUAGGGAUUCUGAUUUUGAGUCUUAGAAUCGCAAGAUUAUCUUAUAGUUUUAAAAUUAAAAGUCGAUAUUUUUUGUCUGUAUUUCACGUUACUUGAAACACGACCCGCCAUUGUGUGACGUCACUGGCAAUAGCUGUCAAAUUAGUAGCUUAUUUAUAUCUUUUUUUCUUAAUCGA